CGGGGAGGGACUUGGCCUGGACUCUGGCCCUCCGCUCAUCUGGGGAGGAGCCGGGAGGCUGCAGCUGGCGGCGUCCCGCCCGGGGCGGGCGGAGGUCCCUGGGAGCCGCAGCCCGGCCUGAGGAUCCCCAGCGACAGCGCCGGCGCGCGCCCCCCAGGCGACAGGAGCCAGCGCGCCGCGCCCGCGCCCUCCGGCCUGCGUCUUUCGGUCUCUCCAUCUGCUCUCGGCAACCGCGGGAAGAAGGCGCCCUCUCCUUAGCGGGCCCGGAGCUGCAGAGGCAGCGCGGGGCGCGGCCGAUGGGAGGAGAAAGGAGAAAGAGAGCGGAGUCGGCUCGGGCCUGGCCGUGACUCUCGGGGCUGCGUCUCCGCCAAUCUGCGGGCGCUGACGCGGGGGGCGGCUCCACGGUUCUCGGAUAUCUGCCGGCCCGGGCGCGGGGCGCCGAGAGGCUCGGCCGCGCGGGCGCUGCGCUCCGGGGACGGCCGCUACACCUGCCCGGGGACCUCUCCGGCCGCUCUGUGCGCCCCCCAACCCGGUGCCCGUCCCCAACUGGUCCCCGCGUCCUUGCGCCCUGCUUGGCCUUCAGGUCCCCGCCUCCGGGCGGCAGCGGCAGAGACGAACCCUGCCCGAAGGAACUGCCCCUUCUCCGGCUGCCCUGCCCGGCGCCUAGCGCGGCCCACGGAACUGCUGAGGGGACUGCGCCGCGCAGUCUCAACCGCCGCCCCCAGGCCACCGCCCCUUUGGCCUACAUGGGCCGUAGCGUCGGGCUCCUGCGCGCCUGAUGAGCGCAGAGACCCCACGCCGGUCGCUGCGUGCCCGGGGCCUCACCCGGCUGCGCCCCCAGCUCCGCGGAAGAGGGCCGCUGGGCCCGGCCGCUAAGGGCGCGGCCACUCCAGACAGGAGAGUGGGGACGGCCCCGAGAUGGCCCGGCGAGCGGGCGCUUGGGCAGUGGGCGCCCCGCACGUGGUGCGGGCCAGGGGACAGCCCUGGAGCUGGUAGCUGUCCGACGCCAGAUGGACGUUGACCCGCGCCGCGGCACUUUGUUCGUGCCAAACCAAGACUAGCUGGGGCACGGGCGGAGCGCGCUCCGGGAGGGCGCCCGGAGUCCCAGGCCGCGCGGCCAUGAAGAUGAUCCUGGUUCGUAGGUUCCGCGUGCUUAUCCUGAUGGUGUUCCUGGUAGCCUGCGCGCUGCACAUCGUGUUGGACUUGCUGCCCAAGCUGGAGCGGCGCGCCGUGCGGCCCUCGGGGGAGCCCGGCUGCUCGUGCGCGCAACCCGCGGGCGAGGCGGCGGCGCCUGGCUGGGCGAAGGCGCGGGGCCGCCCUGGGGAGCUCCCAGCCGCCGCCUCCGCGGCUGGAGACGCGGGCUGGCCUAACAAACACACGCUGCGUAUCCUGCAGGACUUUAGCUCCGACCCUUCCUCCAACCUCACAUCCCACUCGCUGGAGAAACUGCCGGCUGCAGCCGAACCGGCCGAAGGAGCCCUGCAGGGGCAGGAUCGCGGUGGCCCCCGUCCUCGAGACGCUGCGAACCGACCGCUGCUCCGAGACCCCGGGCCCCGUCGGUCGGUGCCACCCCCUAGCCCCAGCGGGGACAGCUCUCUCCUGGCUAGACUGUUUGAACACCCACUCUACCAGAUGGCCAUUCCACCGCUAACGGAGGACGACGUCCUCUUCAACGUGAACAGCGACAUCAGGUUCAAUCCCAAGGCGGCAGCUGAGAAUCCUGACUGGCCCCGUGAAGGCACUGAAAACGAAGAAUUCUUGCCCACUGGGGAGGCAGCAGUGGACUCGUACCCCAACUGGCUAAAGUUCCACAUCGGUAUCAACCGGUAUGAGCUAUACUCGAGACAUAACCCAGCAAUCGAAGCCCUGCUGCGUGACCUCAGUGCCCAGAAAAUCACCAGCGUCGCCAUGAAGUCGGGGGGCACACAGCUCAAGCUCAUCAUGACGUUCCAGAAUUAUGGGCAAGCCCUGUUCAAACCCAUGAAGCAGACAAGGGAGCAGGAGACACCCCCUGACUUUUUUUACUUCUCUGACUACGAGAGGCACAAUGCAGAGAUUGCUGCCUUCCACCUGGACAGGAUCCUGGACUUCCGCCGGGUCCCACCGGUGGCCGGCAGGAUGGUCAACAUGACCAGGGAAAUCCGGGAUGUCACGAGAGACAAGAAGCUGUGGAGAACCUUCUUCAUCUCUCCAGCCAACAACAUCUGCUUCUACGGCGAGUGCUCCUACUACUGCUCCACAGAACAUGCCCUGUGUGGGAAGCCGGACCAGAUCGAGGGCUCGCUGGCAGCCUUCCUGCCUGACCUGUCCGUGGCUAAGAGGAAGACGUGGCGGAACCCGUGGCGGCGCUCCUACCACAAGCGCAAGAAGGCAGAGUGGGAAGUGGAUCCUGACUACUGCGAGGAGGUGAAGCAGACACCCCCCUAUGACAGCAGCCACCGUGUGCUGGACGUCAUGGACAUGACCAUUUUUGACUUCCUCAUGGGAAACAUGGACCGCCAUCACUAUGAGACUUUCGAGAAGUUCGGGAAUGAGACGUUUAUCAUCCACUUAGACAAUGGAAGAGGGUUUGGAAAAUAUUCCCAUGAUGAGCUGUCCAUUUUGGUGCCUUUACAGCAGUGCUGCAGGAUCAGGAAGUCCACGUACCUGCGGCUGCAGCUCCUGGCCAAGGAAGAAUACAAGCUGAGCCUGCUGAUGGCAGAGUCCCUGCGCAGGGACCGCGUGGCGCCCGUCCUGUACCAGCCGCACCUGGAGGCCCUGGACCGGCGGCUCCGCGUUGUGCUGCAGGCUGUCAGGGACUGUGUGGAGAAGGAUGGGCCACACAGCGUGGUGGAGGACGACCUGGGCCCCGAGCACAGAGUCCUCCCCGGCAGAAGUCAGUCCUGGAGCUGGGUGCACCCGGGGCGGCCAGACGCCAUGGCUGGGAAGAGGCCUGAAGGCGAGCAAGAGACAUGGGCGUGGGCGUGACCUCCCGCCCCACUCCUGGGGUUGCAGCACUGACAAAGCUGGCAGGGGUCCCUGAAGACAUGGGCCGGUCCCAGAGGGUGGCACUGGCACCUGUGGGCACCCCAUGGUCCACAGGGCCUGAAUCCUCCCCUGGGAGCCCUGCCUGGAGGCCCCCAAAAUCUCCCAUGCGCGGCGCCGUGGGGGCACAGGUCACAUGCCAGGCCAGGCCCGCGGCUUCCACAGAGAGCAUGCUGCGGAGGGCACGCCGCCGAGGGCCCACCCAAACCCUGGAGCAUGAGGGUGCCCGGGAGCAGAGGGUGCUGGACAUUAGAGCCCCUGGUGCCUCCUGGGCCCCACCUCUCAUUACACUCCCAGCCCCACUGCUGCCCCAGGACCAGAGCUUUCCCUGUGUGGGGCACCUUGCAAAGCAGCCCACAUAAAUUCUUACGGGUCCCUAAAGCAA